GCUAAAACACCGUUUUUUGAACGUAUUACAUCAUCCCAUACUUGCAGAAAAAAUAGCAUUUGCCUAUAAAUCACAGUCUUAGUAAUGACGUAAAUGACGUUAUGAUAACUUAAUGACCCUGCAAUUUCUUUUUAGAAAUCCGCAUCCGCAACUCGCAAUUGCAAAACCCCCGCAAUUUCCGCAGCCCUACCCCGUACACAUUCCAAAAUGCCUUAUUUUAAGCGCCAAACGGGGUUAUCGGGAUCCUGGGAGUUAAGGGAUUAAUCCCGCGGUUUCCUGUCCGUCGAUCUUUUGAAAAAAUCCCUUUACCCAAUUCACUUGCGAAUUAAUUUGGGUGAUUUUUCGAUGUCCGGAAAUCGAACGCUAGAAAUCUGGGCCCCAAGAUUUUUCGAAAAGUUCGGUCCAAAGAAAAAUUGAUAUCGAGUUUUAUGCCCAAAAUCCAACCGGAUCUCAGAAUUACAAAAAUUUGGCAACUAACUUUCUUAAUAAUUUUGGCACUCAACUUUACAGUGCCCAGAUUCCCUGAACUAAUUAUCAAAUUAUUUAGACUAAUUAUGGGUAACGCCCUUCCAAGAAUUCCAUUCAACGAAGUUAAUUUGGUGCCAGGAAAUGUUCUCAUUGAAAUUGACAAAAAAUAUAAAAACGAAGCUCGCAGUAGAGACACGGGUCAGAGGGCUAGUAUGGACGAUCUUAUUCUUGGAAGAGUUGUUCGUAUAGCUGAAGCAUCAACGUUUAAUCAAGGCGGGGCUAUGCUAAUUGGCCAUCUUAAAGUGGGAGACGAGGUUUGGGUUCGCGGACGCAAAGGCUAUCCUAUUGAGGUCGAUGAAGGUGUUCGCCUCUUUGUUUUCAAUGAAUGGGAUGUUGCUAUUAAUUUGGGCAGUGGAGGUGUAUCGUCUGAUCAACCUCCAACGUAUAGUGAAAAAAUGAUGCCAUAUUAAAGAUUUAUUUGAAUCAGCUAAUUUUUUAGGCUUUUUAAAUUUGCUUGAUAAAUUAUUGAAAAUGUUAUAGGUAGGGUUGCCAUUUUCGUUCGAGCCGACGUUCGAUACUUUUUUUCGAGCUUUUCGAGUCGCUCAAUCUUUCGAGUUUCGGGUCGAGCGAGCUGGCAACCCUAGUUAUGGGUUAAAAUAUUUAAUUCUUGCUAUUUUAAUCUACACACACUAUUUAAAUUUUUUGU